AUGCUAGAGAGGUUGUAUUUGGACCAAAACAAAUUGCAAGGACCCAUUCCCAGCGAGAAUGGUCCCCUUAAGCAUCUAGGGCUACUUUCUCUCUCUCUUAACCUGCUUACUGGAGAAAUUCCUCAGAGUAUUGGCAAUCUUCCCCAGCUAAGGCGCCUUCACCUUGAUAACAACCAGUUUGUUGGAAAGAUACCUCCCGCUCUUGGCAGAUGUCUGAUACUAAAACUAAUUGACCUAUCACAUAAUAAUCUCACUGGAAACAUACCAUCAGAAAUUUCAGGUCUAAAAAAUUUACAGUUUUACUUCAACCUGUCCUGGAAUUCACUACAAGGAAGCCUGCCAGAUAGAAUAAGUAAAAUGGCAGUGGUUCAAGGAAUAGAUUUAUCCGGAAAUCAGUUAUCUGGAAAGAUUCCAAGUGGAGAAAUUCCUAAAGCGGGAUUGUUUACAAAGCUCACAGCGUCAUCAUUCAGAGGAAACCGUGAACUCUGUGGGCAAUGGAUAGUUUCAUUACCAGCAUGUCCAAGUGCAACUUCAAGUGCAGGGUCAACUGGAGGUCCCUGGAACUUCCAUAAAUUGUUUAAAUACUUAAGUUCUGUUAUCUCCUUUUUAAUGGUAUACUGCUUCUAUAUUUUAUUUUUGUACAAAUAUUUCUUUGGGAAAGGAAAUGUGGAACAACCAUCAAUAGAGUUUCCAUAUCCUAGAAUCUCAUAUAAGGAGCUCAGUAUAGCAACUAAUGGAUUUGGCAAGGGCAACUUGCUAGGAAUUGGUGGUGUUGGCUCUGUAUAUAAAGGAAUUUUGGAUAAUGGAACAUUGAUAGCUGUUAAGGCUCUCAAUUUGGAGGAUGAAGCAGCUCAUAAAAGUUUCAACGUUGAAUGCCAAGUGCUCGGUAAAACCAGACACCGAAAUAUAAUAAAAGUCAUAACUUCAUGCCCUAAUCUUGACUUCAAAGGUUUGGUUUUUGACUUCAUGUCUAAUGGAAGCUUGAAAGGCAUUUGUAUUGUGAUGCUGGCAAGUGUAAUAUUGGGGGUGUCUGUAAAAUGGAUUUACAGACACGAUUACAUAUAG